AUGCAAAUCAGCGCCGCCGUCCUAUUGGCCUGGGCCCUACCAUCCAUCGCCCUCCCACAAUCACCUCCCCAGACAUACUAUGAUGAGAUGAUUCCCUUCUCCGGCAGUAUCAGCGGCCUCACCUACGACAAUGGCACCCAGGUAAUCUGGUCCGACAACGAACCGGACGCGCCUUUCACACGCCACAUGAGCGAGACGGCACUCGCGUCCUUCCAAAGCCAUAAGCGCGAUCUUCAGAAGCGCGAAAUGGUCGACUGCUGGGGCUACCAGCUGGACGUACGGCUGACGGACCUCUCGACAGCCGAGUGGCGUUCGACAAUCGACCGCUGGGGCGGCUUAUAUCUUAGCACCCUCCCCAACCCUAAACCCGUCCAGUCGUGGCGCGGCUAUGCCCACGAGCUAGGUGGACCUAUGGUCUACGCUUGUAUCAACACGCGAAGCAACGCCUAUAGCUGGACGGUGACUUCCGGCCACGUCAGCAAUGGCUUGAUUAAGAUGGAUGCGAGAUGUAGGCGUUACGAGGCUGGCUAUGCAAGUCUCGACCCAUAUGACCACUUGCUUAUUGGCAAGACCCUUUCCACCGUUCCUGUAUGCUUACAUGGAUAUCACUAA